AUGUCUGUUUUAAAUGAAGCUGAAAAGAUCAAUCCUAAUGGCGAAGAUCCAAAUUUAUACAACCAAAAUGCCGCAUUAGACAAGAUGAUUGGAAGUUCCCCAAUAGACAGACAAAAAUUUACUAUGCAUCAUGGCCAAGGCGUUUGUGCAUUCAUUGCAGGAGGGAUAGUAUCCGUAGUAAAAGUAAAUCAGCAGCAGAGAAAUGAUUUUCAGAUAUCAGAUAACACUCAUGAAAUUGAUGUCAUCUUUUUUUCAAGGACCGGACGACAAUUGGCUAUUGGAACCAAAGGGCCUUUCGCAAAAUUUUAUGUUGUAACGUUUAAUGAGAAUUUUGACCAAAUUGUUGACAAAAUUGAAAAGAAAACAGAUGAAAAUGGCUUUUCUGCAAUAGAUAUCGAGAGCGAAUCAGGAAAACUAAUAACAGUUGGUGUUGAUUUGCAACCAUUUAUUAUUCUUUGGGACAUAAAGCAAGGAAAACCUGAAGCAAUUGGACGAUAUCACAUUAAAUGCGUUCCAAAUCACAUUUCUCUUUCUAAUGAUGGAAAUUUCGCAAUUGUUAGUGGUCCUAGUUUAUUAAGGAUCAUUGAUACAUCUGUUGGUUUGUCAGAUAAAGAAAUUCAGCUCCUCAAAACUCGUUCAAUUUCUAUUUCCAAAUUUAGGACAUCUAAUUUUGUUUCCGCCUACAGUUGUUCAAAUUCUUUUGGAAGAAUUUAUGCAUUAACAGAUGAUGGAACUUUAUUAUCUUAUGAGCGAUCAUGUGUUGAUUUUUCGAGCCAGAUAAAAUGCAACAAAAUCACUCUUGGCUGUGGCAGUACAAAAUGCAUGGUUGUUGAUGAAAAACUUGUAUUAAUUGGCACAGAUGCAGGUUCUGUUUUAGCUGUUAAAUGUGAUUCACAACAACAUGCUUUAUUUGGACAAUUUUCUGCUGAUGGAUAUCCAGUUGUUUCUGUUUGUUGUUCAACAAAAAUUGUUGGUGUUGCUUACAACAAUGGCUCAAUGAUCUUCUAUCCAAGAAGACCAGGAAAACAACCAUUGUUAACAAUACAACAACACAGAGGUCCUGUUUGUUGUCUCUCUGUUUGCCCAGGAAACGAUGAAAAAUAUUUGGUUUCCGGUGGUUCUGAUGGAAGUUGCCGAAAAUGGGAAAUUAUUAAGCAGCAAGACUUAGUUUCUGGAUCAUCCCAGCACAUGGUUGCUUCAAAUAAUCUUUGCAAAGCAAGUGAUGAUUAUUUGACAUCAAUAAAAGGUAUCAGAUGUGUUUGUGCAAGCGAAAAAUACACAUUUGCUGGUGAUAACAAUGGUAUUUUGCAUGUUAUGAGAAAUAACAAACUCGAUAUUGUUACAAGGAUUGAAGAGAAAAGCCGUGGAACAACAGCAAUUUGUUGUGAUGAUAAUGAUAAAUAUUUGGCAACAGGUGGAUUGGAUGGCAUUGUAAGAAUUUAUUCAUACAAGAAAGAAGAUGAAAUCAAAGUUAUUGCAAUGGAUCCAACACAUACAAGUCCUGUUACAAGCAUUUGUUUUUGCGGUGGUUCGUUGAUUUCUACAUCAAAAGAAGGCGUCAGAUUCGCAAAACUACCAACAGGAGUUCCUUACAAGACAAGCAAUGUUGAUGAUAUGCCUUUGUCUAUUUCUCCUCUUCCAAAUAAGAAAUAUGUCGCCACUUGUGGAAUGGACAAAUCUAUUUCAAUUUGGAGAAUUUCUGAUGGUUUCUUAUUCAGAAAAUAUCAGCUCUCGAUAGAUGAAAAACCAACUUGUUUGAGUGUCGACAAGAGUGGUUUAUUCAUUGCUGUAGGUAUGAGCAGUUCCAUUGUUAAUAUAAUUGAUAUUUUCUCAGGAGAUAUCAUUUGUAAUUUCAAUUCUGUUUGCGGAUUACCAACAAAUAUUGUUUUCCAGCAAAAUGAUAUCAUUUUGAGUGGAAUGAGUGGAUGCAUUGCCAGAUGGAAUCUUCCUGAAUUCAUUUAUAAGAUCAUUCAGGAGAGACAGAGAUCUAAUGUUCCAUUGGAUUUAUUAAUGGGCUUAGAUGAAGAACCAUCGCAUUCUACAAUUUUGGAUGAUGAACCAAAGUUGAAACUUCAAAGACAGGCCAGCUCAACAUUAAAAGGCGCAGAAGCUAAUACAGCAUGGACAUUUGUUGAAAACAAAGAAGAUAAGAAUGGUCAACAAGAAGUCGUUGUUGAAGAUGAUGGUCAACAAGAUCAAACUGAUGAUAGCCAAUUAGAUUAUGAUCAUAUUCCAAGGCCUGCUUUCGGAGAGCGUGAUCACAUUGUUGAUGAUAUUAUUAGAGCUUCAUUCAUUGGUAAAGAUUCUGAUGAUGAAAAUGGAAAUCAAAAUCAAAAUGAAAAUGAAAAACCUGAAUUGAGUUCAAGUGGAGAAACAGAUUCUUCAAUCAUGAAAAUGCUUGACAGCAUAAAGAAAAAGAAGAACGAAGAUAACAAAGAUUAUAUUAUCAUUGGAGAUGAUACUCCAUCGAGAAGGAAAGAAAAACUUAAACUAGACAUAAAGGAUCCACCAAAUCAGAUUAAAGGAGUUGACGAUGAUGAUUUAGAUCCAUUUAUUAUUGAUGAAUUAGAAAAAGAUUCUUCAACACCACAUAAGUCAAAAGAAACAACUCCGAAACAACCAGAAAUGGCACUUUCUCCAGUUCCUUCUUCAUCCUCUCAACAACAAAAGGUUCUAACACCUCCUUCCACACCACCUCAACAGAUUCUUCUUCCUGUAACAGUUGUAACUCCUCCUCAAAUUGAUUCUAAGCAAAGUGAUAAUAUUCCUUAUCCAACAAGAGUUGCCGAACAAUUGAAGUUAUUACUUAGUGUUGCAGAUGAUUUCUUGCAGCUGGAAACUGAGGAUCCUGGCGAAUUGGAAGCUUUGAAUCAAUUGAAAGAUGUAAUGAAUGAAAUAGAGAGAAGUGCUUUGCAGUCUAAUUGGCUCAAGAAAGAAUUAAUUGAGCAUAUAUCCCAAAUUUUCGAUAAAAAAUAA